AUGUGGAUGGAGGAGAAGAACCAGGAUUGCAGACGUCAGAGUAAUGAUCUAUGUCCUAGAAUUCGUAAGAAAGAAGAUGGCAAAGAUGAAUUUAUCAACCAAUGGACUAUGUGGGAAGUAGAUGGAGAAGAUGUAGAAGAUGAGUCCUAUGAGGAGGAAACAGGUGAGGAAGGGGAGAGAAUGCGUGUGGAUGUUUAG